AUGUUGUCCAGACUGAAUGGAAGAUUAGGUUUUUUCAUUAGGAAUUUUGGUACUGCCUCUUCCAAAGUUUCUCUACCUGAAAAGGUGAGGACGCUCGAAAAGUUCGCUUUUAAGCAUUUCUCUCAUACUAUAAAUGAGGUUAAUGGAGGAUUGGAAGAUGUUCUGAAUAAAAAAGUUACUCUUAACGGAUGGAUAAAUGGUAGUCCCCGAAAGAUGUCGAAGAACUUGGUUUUUGCUGCAUUUAGAGAUUUUAAUGGAGAUUUCACUCAGAUCACUGCCAAAGGUGAGUCUGUAUCGCAGUUGCUAAGAACGUUAAAGCCUGAAGAUGCUCUUUCUGUUACGGGAACUGUUACUGUUAGGAAACAGAAGACAGAUGAUCAAUUCAAACAGUGGGAACUUGUUCUUGAGGACCUUGAAGUUCUAAAUUAUUCAAACGAAAAGGCUUCCCAGUUGGAUUCUCUUAAAGCAACCCCUUCACAAUAUCCUCCGGAGUACAGAUAUCUUCAAUUGAGACAGCCUUUUUAUCAGAAUGCACUAAAAAUGCGGUCCAAAGCUGCUUCCAUUGCCAGAUCCGUGUUUCAAUCCAUGAAUUUCACAGAGAUUGAAACUCCUAUGCUAUUUAAAUCAACCCCUGAAGGUGCCAAAGAGUUCUUGGUACCUACAAGACGUGAAGGUUUUUUUUACGCUUUACCCCAGUCUCCUCAGCAAUAUAAACAGAUCUUGAUGGCUAGUGGUUUCAAGGGUUAUUAUCAGAUUGCCAAAUGUUUUAGAGAUGAGGAUCUAAGAGCAGAUAGACAACCUGAAUUUACCCAGAUCGAUAUGGAAAUGUCGUUUGCUAAGAGUGAAGAUGUUCAAUAUGUGAUCCAGAAGUUACUCACUCAAAUUUGGAAUGGAGUUCGUCAUUUACCUUUUUAUCGAAUCGAUCCUGCCAAUGAAUAUGCUAUUGUUGAAUUGAAACCCGGUGAGAGCUUUCCAAAAGUCAAUUAUAUGGAAGCUCUUACCAGUUAUGGUAUUGAUAAACCGGAUCUUCGUGCUACACUCUCUUUUAAAGACAUUUCGAGUUUCUUUGGAAGUCAACCGUUAAAAAGAUCUGAUUUUCCUGUCAUUGAAGCUUGUGUGUUGAAGAAUGCUUUAAAUUUGGUGGUUAAAUCUCCUAGAAAUUUGUUCGAUAAGACUAACUACAGUAUGAGAACACCGUAUAUUUUCAAGAUUCUCUGUGAAGAUGAUCUUUAUCGAUGGUUUUCUAAGCUCCCUGUGGAUCUUGUCGAUGCUGAUUCUGCAUCCCAGUUAAAUCGUUAUCUUAACUUGUCUGUGGGAGAUAUAGUGGCUGUCAGCGAUAGAUCUGAGAUUCCUUAUGAAAGUCCUACUCCAUUGGGUAGAUUUAGACAGUUGGCGAUGCAGGAGUAUCCUACGAGCUGGAGAAGAAAAGUCGCCGGAGCUACUGAACAGCCGACUCAAAACGACAUUUUUGUAGCUUCUUGGCUUGUAAAUUUCCCUCUAUUCAGUCCUAGUGAGGGUGAUUCCAUCGAUGGUUAUCCUGUAUAUGAUUUUAGUAACCUAGAAUCCACCCAUCAUCCGUUCACCAUGGUGAAAUUAGAAGAUUAUGAUUAUUUGGCCUCUAAUCCUUUAAAGGCUAAAGGUGAUCAUUAUGACUUGGUGGUUAACGGUGUCGAAGUUGGAGGCGGAUCAAGAAGAGUCCACGAUGCAGAGCUCCAAAAGUUCAUCUUCUCCAAUAUUCUUAAAAUUGACAACUAUAUGGGCCUUUUUGGUCAUUUAUUGCACGCUUUAUCUAGUGGUUGUCCUCCUCAUGCAGGCCUUGCCAUUGGUUUCGAUAGAAUGUGUUCCAUGUUAUUAGGAUCUCCUACCAUUAGAGAUGUGGUUGCAUUUCCUAAGACUCAAGCUGGUACUGAUCCUGUUGUCGAAUCUCCAAGUACUGUGCCUGAAAAAACACUUCAAACCUACCAUAUAGGAGUGAAAAAGUAG